AUGCCGGGCGUUGGGGCGAUCGGAGCGCGGUGCAGGCACCGGCCGCGGAGGAGCCCCCGCGAGAAGCCCGAGGCCAAGCCGGGCGAGGCCGGGGCCGCCAUGGACGCGGCGAUUUGGAUCUACCAGUUCCGGCUGAUCGUGCUGGGCGACUCCACCGUGGGCAAGUCGUGCCUCCUGCACCGCUUCACCGAGGGCCGCUUCCCCGGGCCGCUGCACUCCGACCCCACCGUGGGGGUAGACUUCUUCUCUCGGCUGGUGGAGAUCGAGCCUGGCAAGAGGGUCAAGCUGCAGCUCUGGGAUACGGCGGGGCAGGAGCGCUUCAGAUCAAUAACACGAUCUUACUAUCGCAAUUCUGUCGGCGGCUUGCUGGUCUUCGACAUCACCAAUCGACGAUCUUUUGAACAUGUGAAAGACUGGCUGGAAGAAGCAAAAAUGCACGUGCAGCCCUUUCAGAUUGUAUUUCUGUUAGUUGGACAUAAAUGUGACUUAGUGUCACAGCGUGAGGUUACAAGAGAAGAAGCAGAAAAACUGUCAUCUGACUGUGGUAUGAAAUACAUAGAAACCUCAGCAAAAGAUGCCACAAAUGUCGAAGAGUCCUUUACAAUUCUGACACGAGACAUCUAUGAACUUGUAAAAAAAGGAGAAAUCACAAUACAAGAUGGAUGGGAAGGUGUUAAGAGUGGCUUUGUUCCAAAUGUUGUACAUUCAUCAGAGGAAGCUGUAAAGCCCAGAAGACAGUGCAUCUGCUGAAUUUGUAGCAUGCCAAAGAGCACAUCAGGUGUUCAGAAGAUGACGCCAACCUAAAGCCAGAAUAAUAAUUCUGAAACAAUAUUAGAUCAUGACAUAGCUGAAUCACAGAAUGGUAACUUGCUUUUGUAUCCUUCCAUCUAAUUCAUAACUUCAUAGAAUUUUAAAUUUUUUUUUCUUUUAGAGAGUACAAUUACUGUGUGGUCUUCAGGAAAAGAAAUUAUAUAUUGCUAAAGGAAACAUUAAUCCUAUAGCGAGACACAUUGAAAGGGCAAUAAUCAUUAAGACAACAUCCUCUCUUGGGCUCUGUAUUUUGAGUACAGUUUAAAAACAAGCCUUGCUAGGUGAGGAUGAGACGAGCUUUUUACUUUCAUUCAUUCUGCCUUAGUUUUGAACAGGAAAAUAUCACACCUUCUACUUUUUUAAUGCAAUUCUUUACUCAAGUGCAACAUUGCUUAUCAACAUUAAAGUUUAGUGCAUUGUAGAAUUUCAU